CAGUGUGAUCAUCGUGAUCGGGCGGUGACGAUCCCAUGAGCACGAGGUCCUAUAAAGACCUGCUCGUAGUGUUCUCUUGGUUCAAGGAAACAUGAAUUUAGCAACAAUGGUGAAGGUGGGUUACGUUCUUGUCAUUUUCACCCUGUUGCUGAUGAUGUGGGCGUCCUUGGUUCGGAUGCACGAGCUUCCGGUGCAGUAUCCGCCAUGUUUCUUCAACCCACUUUGCACCUGUUCCAAAGCAAUUCCAGAUCUCGGUAUUGUUACCUGUUAUAACGUCCCGAUGCCGCGAAUACCACGGCCAAUAAACUCCUCGAAGGUGUUCAUGCUGCAACUGGAGAACAACGGAUUGAUGUUUCUGCAGCCACAGUUUCUUAUGAACACAGGUCUGUACAACCUACGGAUCAAGCAUAAUCCCCUGGCCGACAUCCCGGACGAAGCUUUCCUAGGGCUUGAGAGAUCGUUAUGGGAGCUCGAAUUACCCUACAAUCGCCUGGAGAGGGUUCCCAGCAGGUCGUACAGGCAUUUACAGAAGUUACAACUUCUCGAUCUGACAGGUAAUAAAAUAUCAAAAAUCGCGGCGGACAAUUGGCGCGGUCUGGAGAAUUCUUUGCAAAAGCUGCGAUUGGGGCGCAACGCGAUCGACAGACUUCCGGCUGACGCGUUCGCUGGUCUCACUUAUCUGGACAUGUUGGAUCUACGAGAGAAUAACCUGAAGGAAAUCGAUCCUUCGGUGUUCAGAGACGGAAUGGCGCAUCUGAUAUAUCUCUAUCUAAAUGGAAAUCAAUUGACUCACAUUCCUUACGCGCAAUUGUCUUCUCUGAAACGCAUGAAAGAGUUGGAUCUGAGUUACAACAGGAUAUCGAAGAUGUUGAAUCUGCAACAGGAGCCGGAAAUAAGGGGACUUCAGAUGUCGUUGGAUGUACUGAGGCUGGAUUACAAUCAAAUCGAGAACCUGAUGGCUGGGGACUUCCAGCAUUUUUAUAAAGUCAACAGGACUUACCUUGAUGGAAAUCCAUUGACUAUGAUUGAGGAGGGUACAUUCAGGGACUCGCGAAUACGAGAGCUUUAUUUCAGCGAUUGCCAUCUGAUGGAAGUCGGUUCCCCAGAUUUCGCUGGUCUGGAAACAUCCCUCGAAUUGUUGGAUCUUUCAGGGAAUAACAUCACCAUGCUUCCAAGCCCUAUCUUCCAGGAGUACGAUUUUCUGCGCACUCUGAUCUUCCGUGAAAACAAGAUCCAGACAUUCUCACCAGAUCUAAAUGUUACUAAUUUUACACUCGCCGAAGUGUUCAACGGCUUCCAAUAUUCUCUGUACAAUCUGGAUCUGAGCGGCAAGGAAAACAGCGUGAUAAAUCUGCAGGAUCUCCGUCAGAUGAGAAACAUGCGAUUCCUUUCGAUCUCGCGAAUGCCGCAGUCCACUUUGUCCACCGACGAUUUCAUGGAGUACGGGAUGGACAUCAAAGAGCUUCGUAUCGUGAAAAGCAACCUGAAUACCAUCAAGGGUCACGCUUUCAUGCACGUCCGCGGGAUCAAGUACCUGGACUUCUCCGAGAAUUCGAUAUCGUCGAUAGAGGACGAGGCUUUCUCCGAGGUUGGCCAUUCACUUUUAACAUUAAGAAUGUCUCACGGCCUGUCUACCUCCAUUUCUGAAAUACCAACCGGUCCAUUCAAGUUUCUAACGAAUCUACAACAUCUCGACUUCAGUAACAAUAAAAUUAAAUCACUACCAGACACGUCUUUUCACUUUCUCAAGAGAAUCAAACGUAUCGAGCUGCAAGAUAACGAGAUCGAUAAUAUCAGGAAAGGAACGUUUCAGGGUGACAUACAUUCGACCUUGGAGGAGGUGAAUUUCGCGUUCAACAAGAUCAAAACGAUCCAAACUCACACGUUCGUCGACCUGCCGAAAGUAACGAUGAUAAAUUUAGAGGACAACGCUAUAGAUAGAAUCGAGAGGCGAGCUUUUAUGAACAUGAAGCUCCUCAAGUAUAUCAACCUGCGUGGAAAUAAGAUAAAGGACAUCACGGAUGAAGCUUUCCAAAAUCUGCCGGAUUUGGAGUUUCUCGAUCUCGCGUACAACGAUCUGGCUGAGUUCGAUUUCGCCUCGUUCGAUCAAGUGGGCACGUUAUCGUCGUUCAAAGUGAAUGCCAGCCAUAAUCAAAUCCCGAAAUUGUGGAUCAACAGCACCACGUUUACGCCACCGACCGCCAGUAACAUGGGAGGUGCAAUCCAAUCGAACAUCAGAGUCCUCGACCUGAGCUACAACAAUAUCUCUGACAUAAUGAAGUUCUAUUUCAAGCCAGUCGAGUAUUCGUUGACACAUCUCUACCUGUCACACAACCAGCUGAGCAACGUUACUCAGGGUGUCUUCGGGAAUAUGCCGCAUUUGCAAUGGCUCGAUCUAAGUCACAACGAGCUGAUGGAGAUCGACUUCGACUGCUUCAGAAACACGAAGAACAUCCAAGUCCUGUUUCUCUCUUACAACAACAUCAUGGACAUUCCAGCGGAAGCGCUCAGGCCGCUGAAGAUGCUGAGGAUCGUUGAUCUGUCGCAUAACAAAUUGAGAACACUACCGGAUAACAUGUUCUUCGAUGCGAAUAUAGAGAGCUUGGAUUUGUCACACAAUCAGUUCAUGAGGCUGCCUAUUAAGACUAUGUCACUCUCCGCGGCUUCCAGUUUAAGCAUGCUUGAUCUGUCUUGGAACACUCUGUCGGGAAUUCAUACCACUGACGCCAUUUUCAGACUACGAAGUCUAACGUGGUUGGAUCUCUCAUACAAUCGCCUGGUCAGGCUCGAUGACGGAGUGUUCUCCGACAUGCCUUAUUUAACUCAUCUCGAUCUGAGUCACAAUAAACAACUACUCUUAGAAUCACGUGGAAGAACGUUCCAGGGUUUGGAAGACUCGCUUCUGUAUCUCGAUUUAAGCAACAUCUCGCUCUUAAGUGUGCCAGAAUUACCACUACGGCGAUUGCAAACAUUGUAUUUGGCAAACAAUGAGUUGGCAUCCAUACCAGCGGAAAUGGCAUCGAACUUGACGUCUCUUCAUUAUUUGGACCUAAGCGCCAAUGAUCUGACUGUGGUGCCAUUGAUCACGCACACCCUGCCCGAGUUGAAAACGUUUAAUCUGGCGGAUAAUCCUAUCACAGCCGUCAGUAAUACUAGCUUUUUAGGGAUAGCGGAUAGCCUCGAGGAAUUGGACAUAAGACGUUUGUCUUUGUCUACUUUCGAAAGCGGAGCGCUGUGCAAAGCCACGAAACUUCGCAAGUUAUAUAUAACCGCUUACAACGGCGUGAAGAAUUUCAACUUCCCUAAUAUUCUGCAGUACAACCAUGGUUUACGGCAUUUAGUCAUCGACGUACAAAAUGACACCGAUCUGGAGAAGGAAAUGAGGGGACACUUUCCUAAUAAAUUAUUCAACAUUACGUUGACUGGUCGAGCUUUGAAGACUAUAAACCCGGAUAUACUGCGAGGUAUAAGGAAUCCGCACUUGCAUUUCGGAAUGUACAACACAAGCGUGAGCUCUGUACCUAAGAAGAUGUUCGAGAAUGCGGAAUGGGCGAGAAACGUGACAGUCCAUCUUCGUCACAACGAUGUGCGGACUCUUCAUAAUCCGUCUAACGGAUACAAGCCAGGCGUGCCAGGGAAACGAUUUCUGUUGAAACUCACGGUAGCGGGAAGCUACUUUACUUGCGACUGCGACAUCGGAUGGAUGGAGACCUGGCAAAGGAAGCACAGACAGUACCAAGAAGACCGUUGCAGCACUUACAGCGACUUCAAGAACUUCGAAAGGGACGAAGAAGACGACGAGUUCGAUUGUUGGGACAACGCCUGGGACGACGAUCUUCGUGAAGCUUAUUGCAUGAACAAGAACAACAUAUCGGUGAUAGAAAUGUUGAAAACGGAUCUCGAAUGCGGUUGGGGCGCGGCGAGUUACAUCUACGCGCCUCAUCGUCUCGUUCUCUUCUUCGUCGCUGUCCUCGUAACGGCGAUCUAUUAGGUUCUCACUUUUCCUAUACUUUUACAUUUCAUUCAAUCGAUCACCAUUCCUUUCCUCUAGAUGCACGGCCGUUUAAAGUGCGAAACUACGAUAACGUCGUUCUCCGAGAACAGAACCGACGAUUUUUUCUCUCGUGAAUGUGACUACGUUUAUUUCGUAAUUAGAGAAUUAUGUAAGUUAUGUGUAA